AUGUCCUUCACGUUAAGACAUCACCUCCGCGGCUCACUACAACAACACCGGGUAUCCUCGUACUCACGACUUACACGGCCACUCAUCAACAACACCAGACUAUUCACCACCACCCCAACCACCAAAAUGCGUCUCCCCUACGUCGCUAACCCCCCGCCCACCUCUUCGGAAGCCGAACAAGCCAUCGUCGACCGCAUCACCGCCCGCCGUGCCCCUCGUCCUCUCCAACCGCUUGACCUGACCCUCUUGCACUCCCCGCCCGUCGCCGACGGCUGGAACUCCUUUCUCGGCGCCAUCCGCACGCAAACCAUCUUGCCUGCCGACGAGCGCGAGCUGGCCAUCUCCCGCGUGGCCGUCUGCAACGGCGCCUGGUACGAGUGGCACCACCAUGCGCCCCUUGCCGUUCAGGCGGGCGUUAGCGAGGGCGAGGAUGGUCUGGGUGUGGUCAAGAGGCAGGAACCGCUGCUCAUUGAGGAGGGGGACCAGAAGAAGGGUGGGCUGAAUGAGAGGCAGUGGGCGGCCGUGUGCUUUACGGAUGAGAUGACGAGGAAUGUGAAGGUUAGGGAUGAGACGUUUGAGAAGGUUAGGGGGCUGUUUAGCGAGAGGGAGGUGGUGGAGUUGACUGCUAUUAUCGCCUGCUACAACUGCGUGAGCCGCUUCCUUGUUGCGCUGGAUGUUGGAGAGAGGAACGGUACUGGACCGGACGAUGCUGCUCACUGA